ACCAACUUCCCUUAUAUAAAUGUCAUCUCUUACCCCUCUUUUACCAUAAUAACUAAACAUAUAAACAACUGCUACAUUCAUUUUUUUUCCUCCAAUUUUUCAAGCCUAGCCAAUUAAUCAUUCUUUUACAUAUAUCAAAAGAUUUAGAGAAAUUAAAUAUAUGGCAACUCUUCAAGCUUCAAGUUUCUUGAGAUCGUCUUGUACUAAUGCUAACUCAUCAUCUUCAUCUUCUCGAAGACGAACCAAUAUUACAGCAAAAAUCAAUAUUCCCAACAUUCGUACCAACAAAACCUCCCAGCUCCCUAUGCUAAUAUCAGAUCAGCUUGAACAAUUUGCCAUCAAUCCAAUUGAGGAAUUAGUGCUUAGUCCUUCAAGAAUAUUAAUUCAUGAUACAAAUGUUGAUGGUCUGGAUCCCCUGGUUAUCGAGAAGCUUUACGUUAUCAAAGAGGCAGUUGCAGAUAGAGUUGAGAUGCAUAAAAAUAUCGGAGAACAGAGAAGCCAAUGGAACAGUAUGCUUUUAACAUCCAUUAAUGGAAUAACUCUAGCAGCUGCUACAAUGGCUGGCAUUGCAGCUACCAGUAGUGGUGAUUCUGUUUUGGGACUAAAAAUGUCAUCUACUAUCAUGUAUUUGGCUGCUACUGGCAUGUUGACCAUCAUCAACACGAUUCAACCAUCUCAGCUUGCUGAAGAACAACGCAACGCAACAAGGCUUUUCCAAGAUCUAUAUAACCAAAUCGAAACAACUUUAUCAAUCGGUCAUCCUUCGGGUAUUGAUGUGAAAGAAGCUAUGGACAGAGUAUUGUCUCUUGACAAGGCUUACCCUCUUCCUCUUCUUGGUGUAAUGCUAGAGAAAUUUCCAUCUUCUGUUGAACCUGCUGUUUGGUGGCCUCAACAACGUCGAAGACAGACUAAAAGUGUCAAUAAUUGGAACGGAUGGAAUAGUAAACUGGAGGAGGAAAUGAAGGAAAUAAUGGGAGUAUUAGGAAGAAAAGACCAAGAAGAAUAUAUUAGCCUAGGGAAAAAGGCAUUGAAAUUGAACAAGUUUUUAGCCAUGUCCGGUCCAUUGCUUACAGGCCUAGCAGCAAUUGGCUCAAUGUUUAUUGAAUCUGAUUCUGCUUCUCAUGGAUCCAAUUGGGCCGCUAUGUUAGGAAUUGUUGGUGGAGCAUUGGCGAGUGUAGUAAACACAGUUGAACAUGGUGGACAAGUUGGAAUGGUAUUCGAGAUGUAUAGAAGCAACGCUGGUUUUUUCGAGUACAUGAAAGAAUCCAUUGAAUCAAACUUGAUGGAAACAGAAACGGAGAGAAGAGAAAACGGUGAAGUGUUUGAAAUGAAGGUUGCGUUGAAAUUAGGAAGGAGUUUAUCAGAUCUGAGAAAUCUUGCUUCUUCUUCUUCUUCAUUGAAGGAAGAGUUUGCAAGCAAGCUUUUUUAAUGUUUUAAAGUAACUGUUUAUUGUACAAGAGUAGGGGUUAGCUAACUCAUUCUUUUGAUUCAAUUGUUAAUUAUCAAAUGACUUGAUUUAUUC